AUGGGACAUAAGCACGGAUGGAAACCAUUGACCGUCAGUGCUGCGGUACUUUUCUCCUUUGCUUUCGUAUCAUUCAUCUUGGCCGUCAUUAUCGAAGUGUACGCGCAACAGAGCAAGCGUUAUGGAGGUCUUGCGUUGUCUCCCUCAAUCGAUGCCAUGCCUUACUACGUCAAGUUCAGCUAUCUCUUCCUGCCCACGAUAGUUGCCGUCAUAUACAGUUUGUUAUGGAGUUGGAUCGACCUUGAUGUGAAGAGAAUACAACCGUGGCUGGAAAUGUCACGACCCGAGGGUGCCAAGGCAACGCAUUCGAUUUUCCUUGAUUAUCCGUACGAAUUUGUCGCGUUCGCUCCCUUGAGAGCAUUCAGAAGACGCCACUGGGCCACAUUCUACAGCGGUACCGUGAUGAUUCUGAUUUUCUGGCUGAUCACUCCGCUUCAGAGUGCCAUCCUGGGAACUGGGACCAUCAAUGUCCGAGAGGAGGUUGCUGUCUCCAGCUCACAAGCACUUGUACCAAGCUCCGACCAGAUUUAUUCCAUGGACCAAUCUAUACUCAACGAAGGGUACGCCAUUACUUGGUUGAGACAGCCACUUCCGGCCUUCACAACUGCCGACUACACACUCCUGCCAUUUCAUGUGGACAGCGACACUACCCGAGCUGCUUCAACAAAUUGGACGGGAUCUACAGUUAAGUACUGGACGGAGAUCGAAUGUUGGCCGGCAGAGAUGUUCCCUGGGGUGCCGUACUGGUCUUUCGUGGAUGGUCGCGGCUGCAAUGCCACCGAGGUGCUUCCGUAUGGUGCCACCCCUGUCGCCGACAAGCCAUACAAGAUUCAAUACUAUGGCUACCAUGCCAGUGAUUAUGCUGACUAUUGGCUGUCGAUACCUUGCUAUAAGAUCGCAGUUCACAAAUUCUUGGCUACCUGGGCUUACUACGAAGAAGGACCAGUUUCAUCGCAGGAUAUCAGGGGAUCUUUUUGCGAGGCGAGUUAUUUCAAACAGGAAGUUAACGCCACUGUUUCCGCUGCAACCAACGAGCCCAUCGAGGGCAGCAUCGUACCGACAGGCCCCAGAGAAGAGCUCAAGCCAGCUGAGUUCAACUCUUCUGCGUUCGAAUAUCUUCUCGGCGCCGGUGUCUCGCCGGUUGAGAUGACGGUCACGCGAGACUAUGCAUUCAAUCACUUGCUUGAGCAGGACGAUCAGACCAAACAAUAUGGUCUAUGGGGCCCCUCUAACCCUAUGACGGGAUUCGCCGUAGGCUCGGCGGUCAACUCGCAAAACCUCACGACACUUCAUGAUUUCAAGAACGAGACUUUCCUGGGCCACGCUUUCAACACAACGCAUAAGCUGCUUUUCUCACUUGCGUUCCGCCGAAUGCUAAACGCCUCAGGCGAGACAACCACUAUCGGAACAGUUGAGUAUGAGCAACAAGGAAUCAUCGUCAGUCGACUCUAUUCAGCCAUUGUGGAAGGGUUCUUGUUCUUGGUGGGAACUUUCUCGAUGCUCUUGUGGUGGCACGGCAAAAGAGCGCCUAGUCAGUUGGCGAUUGAUCCGGCGUCGAUGGGGUCAUUGAUCAGCAUUUGUCAGAACAGCUCUGUCAUGUUGGAUAAGUUCACCGGCAAGGGGUGUUUCCCAGACGAAAAGCUUCAAGAAUCGUUCGAGGAUAUGAGAUUUUACUUGCUAUGCGGGUGCCAGACCCCGUCCAGACAAACCGUCAUCAAAGUCGUCGAUGCCCGGACCGACUUCGUGGAAAGCCAGCGCAUCAGCCUACCGCCCCCCGAUCCCGCGUUCUCUAUGGGACAUUACUCGCCAUUCAAACCUUUAGCACUGCGGAGAGAGAUUGGAUCGGUUGUGACUUUGGCCAUGGUCGGAGCAGUCGUUGCAAUUGUGUACCUCAAAAUGGAGGAGCAGCGCAUUGGAGGUCUCAUCCGGCCGACAACGAACUUCGAAGUUCUCCAGAUCCUCGAGAACUAUAUCCCGACCGUGUUCGCGACCUUGCUGGAGCCUUUCUGGGUGCUGGUCAACCGAUUGCUCUGCAUCCUACAACCGUUCAAGGAUCUGUGGUCUGGUCAACGGCCCGCGAAGGGGUCAAUAAACGCCAGGUAUACGUCUGUUCCGCCUCAAUUCGUACUUUGGCGCGCUGCAAGAUCUGGCCACCUCGUUCUGGUGGCGAUCUGCAUGCUGGCCCUUCUGUCGAAUCUACUGGCCGUUGGCCUCGGUGGUCUCUUCAAUGAGCGAUCCAUCGUCGUCGACAAUGCCUGCGAGUUCCAGCAAACGUUGAAGCCGACGUUCAACAAUGACACUGUCUGGGGAUACGACGCCCAGUUCACUUUCUCCGGAGGCCCGAUUCGGUACGAAACGCCGAUGUAUGUAACCAUGAACAAUGUUUCCCAGGGAACACCACUGCCGCCUUGGAUUGGCAACGACUACUAUUUCCAGCCUUUCUCGAUGGCUUCAAAAGAACAAGGCGGAAGCAAAGAGUUCACAGCUCAAACGAGGGGGUUUGGAGUUCGGCCUUCUUGCUCUAAGCUCGACACGUUAAAGAGCACAGGUUCGGGCCCUGUUGUGAAUCACACUUACAUGCGCAACGGUCAGCCCGUUUCUGGUUGCCCUACAUCUUUCGAAUUCCGGGACCUGAAUCGUACCGGAAAAGGACAUCCCACUGAUCCAUUGGGGCCUUCUACUGCCGAAGUAAUCGCCAAGUUCUCGGGUGAGUUUGGAAACGCACCUUGUGAUGUGCCACUCAUCCUUGGCUGGUCACGAAGCCCGAACAUUAAGUUGUCGAACAGGACGGAAAUGGAAACAUGGUCCGUCAUCUGUGAGCCAAUCUUCACCACCAGCAUGUUCAACGUCACGGUCGAUACCGAAGGAUAUAUUCUGAAAGCUGUCCAAAUAUCCGAGUCGUCGUCUACUCUUGACGAUCCGUUGACGACGAAUAACACCGACACCAUAUCGACGUAUCUGAACAGAAUCAUUAAUUAUUCAAGCACCGAUUGGCACAACGACAGCUUCACGUAUGAUUGGAUGAACUAUCUUAUCAAAAUCCAACCCGACGGUCCCGACGUCCUCGACCCGCUUUCGACCCCGAACACGACGGCCCUGAUUCCCCCGAUCGAACGGAUUUACCGCCAGCUCUACGCCUUGAUGCUUGGUCUCAACACUCAGUGGUUCAACAACUAUACCGAGCCCGUAACGAUGCCCGGCAAAUGUCGCAGGACAGAAGUUAGAAUCUUCAUGGACAGGACCGCCUUCGCCAUCAGCCUCUUCGUCCUGGGCCUCAACAUCAUCGUUGCGAUCGCCCUGUACGGAUGCAACAUCAAGCACUUCUUACCGCGAGUGCCCACGACCAUCGGAUCAACCCUCGCUUACGUGGCUCCGAGCCGCGUGGUGCGCGAGUAUGAAGGCCCGGCCAGUCUAAGCGACGCGACUUUCAGCUUCGGACGAUAUGUCGGCGACGACGGCCGAGCUCAUGUGGGCAUAGAGAUGGAUCCGUACGUUGUGCCGGUGAAACUAUCUGCGCUGAGGAAAGGCGACACGGAACCGAGGACGGGAUUGAUGAGACGGGUGCUGGGGCGUAGGAAAGGAAAACGGGGUGACACUUGGUUGUGA